AUGAAUACUGACCGGGAACAACUUCAGGCUCUCAAUCGAGAUGUGAAUGUCCAGGAGACCGGUCCGGUGAAGGCCAUCAGACCUACCGAGAUAACUCCCAAUGAGACUGUCGAGAUGGCCUGGGAAGCAUCUGACAGCGGAGCGCAGGCUUUAGAAGCCCAGCUCAAGAAAAUUGAAGUGAAGGAUGAGUCGGACGAACGGUGGUGCAAAGACCACGUCGAGCAAGUUUAUGGGUACUUGCGCUUCCUCGAGCACUCGAAGGAAGUGCGACCUAAUUUUCUGGCUCACCACGGUCACCGCGCCUCGCCGAAGAUGCGUCAGAUCCUUACUGACUGGAUGGUGCAAGUUGGGCGACGAUUUCGUCUCCUCAACGACACACUGUUCCUAUCCGUCGCGUACAUGGAUCGCUAUCUUCAGCGCGUGGAAACUGUUGAGAAGUCGCAAAUGCAACUUGUCGGCGUUGCAUGCAUGAUGCUUGCAUCGAAAAAUGAGGAGAUCUACUCGCCAGCUGUCAGCGACUUUGUCUACGUUUGUGACAAAGCUUACACAGAAGACGAGAUAAAAGACAUGGAGCUGGAAGUUCUUGGUCGUCUGGAUUGCGAACUAUCUUUCGCAUACUCGCUUGAGUUCCUGCGACGAUUUUCAAGAGUCGCAGAGGACAAGAUCGAUCCUCGAGUACAUCCUGUCAAAGUACCUGUGCGAGCUUGCUUUGAUGGACUACGAUUUGGCAAGCAUGAAGCCGUCCUUAGUGGCUGCGGGUGCCUUGUGGCUGUCAAUCAACCUCAUUAG